UAUUAUCUGUAUCAUCGGUUUGGAAUGCAACUUUCCGUCAAAAGAGAAGGUCAGGUUAACUUUCAAUCGUGUGGUUUAGAAAUUUGCACGUCAGUUAGCUGGCUUUUAAAAAAACUUGGGUGGUAUUUGUCAAUAUCUAAUUUUUGGUCCAAGAUGUCAAAUCCUGCAGAACGUUUAAACUAUAUUCAGGAUAGCAGUAGUGAUACAGAAACAGAUAAAGAAACGGGUGGUAGAGGACGUCAUCGUAUUUAUAAGAAUAGAAUGAGUUGUGGUGGCUCUUCAAAACCAAAAUCUUGUUUGGUACAAAGAGAUGGGAGCAAUGAAAGACACUGUCAUUCCUUCAAUUCUGGGAGACAAAAUACUAAUAUUAAUCAACAAAACAGACUUUGCUCUGGAGUUGGUGUUGGAAAAAAUCAACAAAAUCAAAGUAGAGACAAUUUACCAUCAUCAGGAUCUGUUACUGGUAUAAAUAAUCCACAAGCAAGUGAUGAACGCAUUACUCUUAUUGUUGAUAAUACUAGAUUUAUUGUUGAUCCUGCAUUAUUUACUGCACAUCCAAAUACAAUGUUAGGUAGAAUGUUUAGUUCUGGAGUUGAAUAUGCUCAACCAAAUGAGCGUGGAGAAUAUGAAGUUGCAGAUGGUAUAUCUGCUAUGGUGUUUAGAGCUAUUCUUGAUUAUUAUAAAGGUGGUGUAAUUCGAUGUCCUCCGACAGUUGCUGUUCAAGAGUUACGAGAAGCUUGCGAUUAUCUACUAGUCCCAUUUGACGCUAAUACAGUAAAAUGUCAAAAUUUGAGAGGAUUAUUACAUGAAUUAUCUAAUGAAGGUGCACGAUGCCAAUUUGAAGUAUUUCUUGAAGAUUUAAUAUUACCACUUAUGGUAAACAGCGCACGUAGAGGUGAUCGCGAAUGUCACAUUGUUGUUUUAUUGGAAGAUGAUAUUGUUGAUUGGGAUGAAGAAUAUCCUCCACAGAUGGGAGAAGAAUAUUCACAAACUGUUAACAGUACUGCGAUGUAUCGAUUUUUCAAAUAUAUCGAAAAUAGAGAUGUAGCCAAACAGGUAAUGAAGGAACGUGGUUUAAAAAAAAUUCGUUUAGGCAUUGAAGGUUAUCCUACUUAUAAAGAAAAAAUCAAGAAGAGAGCAGGAGGACGCGCUGAAGUAAUUUAUAAUUACGUACAAAGACCAUUUAUUCAUAUGUCUUGGGAGAAAGAAGAAGCGAAAAGUCGACAUGUUGAUUUUCAAUGUGUAAAAUCAAAAUCUGUGACUAAUCUUGCUGAAGCUACAGCUGAUCCAGUAUUAGAUGCUGGUGGAAAUCCAAUAGCUAUCGCUCUUUUGCAAGCAACAGAACCAGUGCCUCAACCAGAAGUCAUAUUACCAGUCGGUCAAGAUGCUGACGUUGAAGGUGCCAUAGGUUUACCAGCUGAUCAAGAUCUUGGAUCGAUACCGCCUGAUGAAUUGCCAUGAAUAUUGAUUGUAGAUAGAAAUUAGAAUGAACAGGCAUGAAAUUCGAUUACCAAGUAUUUAUGAACUGCUUUCUUCUUGCGUCAAUUUUCAAAUUUAGUCGGACUCGCUUAUCUCACAAUUUCAUUUAAUUAAAAAGUUAAAAUUAUUGAUUUUCAAAAUAAGAUAUUUCAUCAUUCAUUCCAUUUUUAUAAAAUAAUCGAUAUUAAAAAAGUAAAAAUUGUUUGAAUAUAAUUAUGUUUUAAAUAGAAAAAUUUUUUGUGAGUUAAGCAAGUCUGAUUUUGACACAGUCAAAACAAUGUAUAGUGAAGUUAUCGCAUCUUGUGGAUGUCCAACUAAUUUAAAAAUAUCUGCUGUGACUUUUUUAAUUUUGUAUGUAACGUCACACGUUUCUCAUAAUUAUAUGUCAAAUAUGAAAUAAGAAUUCGUUUGGUAUGUAUUUGUGAAGGGUAUUCCCUUUUUAUACAAUUAAUAAAGUUGAAUACUGUUUC